AUUUUCAUUAAAUCUAAUUUAUAAAUAGUUUAAACUAUGUUUUAAUGUAAAAUUUAUCCAUAAAUGGGCCAGAUGAUAGAGGUAAUUUUAAAUGACCGUUUGGGUCGUAAAAUAAGGGUAAAAUGCAAUUCGGAUGAUACAAUUUUGGACCUUAAAAAGCUUGUAGCUGCUCAAACAGGAACGAGACAUGAUAAAAUCCGUAUUCAAAAGUGGUAUACCGUAUACAAGGACCAUAUCACUUUGGAAGAUUACGAAAUAAAAGACGGAAUGGGUCUCGAACUUUUUUAUAACUAAAAUUUACCUUUUAAA